AUGUUAAUUAUCAAAAAUUUUCAUUAUGGUGAAGCGACAUUGUAUGAAACACUUCGAUUAUAUCCAGCUGUUCCAAAAAAUUCCAAGGUGUGUGUGAAACAUGAUAUUUUACCUGACGGUACACAUGUAUAUCCUGGAGAAAAUGUUGCUUGGUCACCUUGGUGUAUGGGUAGAGAUAAAAGCAUUUGGGGUGAAAAUGCAUUACAAUUUUAUCCUGAUAGAUUCUUAACUUCUGAAGGUGUAUUGAAACCAUCUCAAUUUAAAUUUCCUGCGUUUCAUGCUGGUCCAAGAAUCUGUUUAGGACAACAAUUUGCUACUGUUGAAGCAUUAACAUUGGCUACAUCAAUGUUAAAAAAAUUUAGGUUUGAACUAAUACCUGGUCAAGAAUCACCUCCACCAUAUAUUUCUUCCAUAACCUUACCAAUGAAAAAUCCUUUAUUAGUAAAGGUUUAUCAUCGUGAUUCUUAA